AGAGAGAUGGUACGGAAAAAAUUACAGACAUUGGUGUCUUGUCCUCCAAAACUCGCAAAAAUAAGUCUUCAAUGAAAACCAAAGAUGAAAAAUCCCUAAUAAGUAAAAAAGAUGAAAACGCAGUUGAUGUUGAUGAAGAUGAACUCAUACACGCAGAAAAUCCGUAUGGUGAAAUGUACGUGAAUAAUAUCACUACACCGGACAUUCCAAUGAGUCGGUUAGAGCGUAUCAUUUCUGAGAAAAGCAAAGAUGAUAAUGACGGAUUCCAGAAAGAGUAUGCGACUCUACCUUAUGGGGAAAAUCACAAAUGUGACGUUGGAAAGAAAAGUGAAAAUAUAGAUGACCAUUCAAGGGUAAUCUUAAAGACCGAGACUGGGUCGGAUUAUAUAAACGCCAACUAUAUAGAGGGCGCAGAGAGAGAUCAUGAAUACAUCGCUGCACAAGGACCAAAGCAAAACACUGUUGGGGAUUUUUGGACGAUGAUUUGGCAAGAGAAUGUAUCUGUUAUUGUGAUGCUGACAAAUCUGAAAGAAAGAAAUAAGAUCAAAUGUACCCAGUACUGGCCAGAUGCAAACAAACACAUCAACUAUGGAACUGUGUCUGUGAAAAUGCUCGAGGAAAAAGAAUACGCAUUCUACCUUGUACGCAAAAUGACUGUUAUCCAUAAAGAGACAAAGAAGUCACGUGUGGUGACCCAGUAUCAUUAUACUUCAUGGCCAGACCACGGAACCCCGGAUCCUCUAUGUCUUGUUGUCUUCCUUGAUCACGUGACCAGAACAGCAACCACUCAGAAUGAUUCCCCUACUGUUGUGCAUUGCAGUGCUGGUAUAGGAAGAACGGGAACGUACAUAGCAAUAGACGCCCUGAACCAGAUAGGAAGAAAAACGGGGAAAGUAAACGUAGCGGAAUAUGUCAAGAAGAUGAGAGAAAACAGAAUGAAUAUGGUCCAGACAUACGAACAGUAUAUAACUAUAUUUCUUGCGUUAAACGAAAUAUACAAAUCUCCUGUGAAUGUAAACACAAUUGAAGAAUUUACUAAAAAGGCGCACUCUCUCUCCAUGGACAAACCAGCUAAUCAGAGCAAACUGCAUAAAGAAUUCCAGCUUUUGAUGAAAGUACGACCAACAUAUGCGGACUCUGAUUACAAAAUAGCUAUAGAAGGAUGUGGCGGUGCACAUACGAAUAGUAUACUACCUUUGGAUAAAUACAGUGUCCAUCUCUCCUCUGUGGUGUCAAACAGAGGAAGCUUCAUCAACGCAAUAUAUGUACCGUCAUAUACCAACAGCCGGGCGUUUAUAGUGACGCAGUAUCCACCGACAGAGGACGCUGUUGACUUCCUGCGCCUGCUCAAUGAUUACGAAUCUGAUACUGUAAUUUGUGUGGACCCACUUAAUGAGAUUGGAUCGAGUACGACAUGGUUACCAAGUCCCUCCUCUUCCAAGGUAGUCUCUCCUUUCUCUGUUCACUAUCAGCAGAAUCAGUUAAGGACCGGAAAUGACGUUGAAAGCACUAUAAUUCACCUCCUUCAGAAUACUUCUGAGGAGGAGGCUCAUUCAGUAACGAUAAUUGAACCGAAAACCGCCAUCAAAACAUCCGGACACCCUCAAGACACAUCCCAGCUUAGAGGCCUGGUAUCUGUCGCCCUGAGUUCUGAGAAUGAAAAACCGAUUACAGUUGUCAGCAAAGAUGGUGCAUCCCUCUGUGGUGUUUUCUGUGCCGUUCAUAACGUGAUACAACAAAUAAACAUGGACGACGGCGUGGAUGUCUUUACAGCCGUCAGACAGCUUCAAGUUAGAAAACCAGAGUUCUGUGCUAAUUUUGAUGAGUAUGGUCUGGUCUUUAGAUCCGUAUAUGAUCACAUACAAAGUGCUACAGAAAACAUUUAUAGCAAUCAGUAAAAUGGUGGAUCCAGAAGUAGCGAACCUUUAAUAUAUUUUAGAAUUAAUUUCAUUAAAAAUCCCUCUAUUAUUGGCAUUCAAGGAAACAAAGAAACAGUGUGGGAACAUUUGGAAAAAAAGCGAGAAAUUGACUAAAGUGUUCAAUACAUGAUCACUUACCUUUAACCCCCACCCCUUCCUCCAAUAUCUUGAUGCUACUACUGAAAAAAAA